AUGGUCCUCAGAGAAUUUAAAUCCAGAGCUCUGGAUAGUCUAUGUACUGAGGAGCAACUUGAUCUCUUGAACUCGAUUGACACCCUUCGAUCCCAGGGCAUUAGCCAUUUCGUGUCUCUACCGCAAAUCAUCGUGUGUGGCGACCAGUCAUCAGGGAAGAGCUCUGUGCUGGAGGCUAUUUCAGGAGUAUCCUUUCCUGUCAAAAGCAAUCUCUGUACACGAUUCCCGACAGAGCUUGUGCUCCGCCAGGACGCCAACGUCGGAGUCAGAGUGUCGAUCGUACCUCAUCACUCGCGCAGCGAAUCCGAGCAACGAUCACUGGGGAGCUUUUGUGAGGAGCUUGAUGGCUUCGAUGGGCUUCCUGAACUGAUCGAUAAUGCCAAAGCUGCGAUGGGUAUAUCCACCCAUGGCAAAGCAUUCUCGAACGAUCUAUUACGGGUUGAGGUGUCAGGGCCUGACAGGCCGCAUCUGACCAUCGUCGAUCUUCCAGGACUCAUUCACUCUGAGACUAAACAACAAUCUGCUGCUGAUGUUCAGUUGGUCCAAGAUGUGGUUCAGUCCUACAUGAAAGAACCACGAAGCAUUAUAUUAGCAGUAAUCUCGGCGAAGAAUGACUACGCCAACCAGAUCGUGCUCCGGCUGGCAAGGGAAGCUGAUAAAUCGGGCAAUCGAACCCUAGGGGUCAUCACAAAGCCCGAUACUUUGGUCGCAACCUCAGAGAGCGAACGGAUGUUCAUAUCACUAGCGAGAAAUCGGGACGUGGAAUUCCGGCUGGGUUGGCAUACGCUUCGGAACAUGGACAGUGACCAGGGGACUGGGACCCUCGCCGAACGCGAUCAAAAGGAGCGGGAAUUCUUUUCCAGGGGAGCCUGGGCGGAGCUGCCAGCAUCGUUGGUUGGGAUAUCCUCGCUGCGAACCCGCCUCAGCAAGUUACUACUGCGACAGAUUGCGGCCGAGCUUCCAAGUCUUAUCGAGGAGAUUGAAGCAACGGAGGACGAAUGCACGCUGCAAUUGAGGAAGCUCGGUGAGCCGCGGGCCACUCUUGAUGAGCAAAAAGUCUACCUGAUAAACAUCAGCCAAUCUUUUCAAUCCCUGAUCAAGGCUGCUGUGGACGGCACCUACAACGAGACGUUCUUCGAAGAUAAUCAAUCCACGACGGGACGUCACAAGCGGCUUCGCGCUGUGAUCCAGAAUUUGAACGAGGCCUUUGCGGAUCGUCUCAAUAGACGAGGAAACUACCGCAAAAUCACAGACAAUGACAGCCAAUUGGAGCCCUUCACUCAAACGCAGGUCUCAGUUACUCGAGGCGGCUUCAUCGAUCACAUUCAGGAGCUUAUGAGGCAGACACGAGGACGGGAGCUACCCGGCACGUUUAAUCUUAUGAUUGUCGGGGAAUUAUUCCUGGAACAAUGUCGUCCUUGGGAGGUUAUAACACGCGAGCAUAUUCUCACCACCUGGCGUGCAGCUCAAAGGUUUUUGUCGCUCCUAGUAGGUCAUAUCUCGGAUGAAGGGACUUCGAUUGUUCUUUUUGCUGAAGUCAUCUCACCUGCACUGGACCAACUGCGGGAGAUCUUGAUCAAAAGAUGUGAAGAGCUUCUCGAAACCCAUCAAAAAAGCCAUCCUAUCACCUACAACCACUAUUUCACGGAAACACUGCAGAAGAUCCGUGCUAGUAGACAGCAGAACGAGAUGACCGGCCUCAUCGAGCGGUACUUUGGAGUUGACGAUCUACAGACGCUACGCAGCCUCGAUGGAGUAUACUGCCUACAGGAUCUUCUUGACUCACUUCUCCAGUGCCGUGAGCCAGAUAUGAUGAGACUAGCUUCGACUGAAGCUUUGGAUUGCAUGCUUGCUUACUACAAGGUGGCAUUGAAACGAUUUAUCGACGACGUCGCGGUGGAAGUAGUAGAGGUCAAGCUGAUUCAGUCCCUGGCUUCCAUCUUCACACCCGUCAAGGUAUUUGAAAUGAAGCAUACAUUGGUGUCGCGCAUCGCCGGCGAGUCUGAGGAAACUCGUACACUUCGGGAGCAAUUGAACCGAAACAAACAAAUCCUCAGAAAUGGCUUGGAAACAUGUCGAAGAUUUGUUGGUAAUCGUGGCAUAGACCCUCAGAAGGUCAAAGAUACGCAGCCUUUUGAGGAGCAGUCUUGGGACAGUCGUGAUGCUUUGCUGCAGCUUCAGUCUGCGGGUUUUGAUGUCUCCGAUGCUCGUGCAAGCCCGGAGAAUGAAGAUUCUGAGGUCCAACGCGAAGGAGACCAAAGCCUCGGCGAACCGCCUGCGAUGCUCACUUCUGACCCUGAGGGUGAAGAUCUGAAGGAAGAGGAGUAUGACAAAUCUCCAGGAGCUCCUUUGAAUAUGGACUACGAGCAGGCGUCACCCGAAGCUUCCACGCAAUGGUAUUACCGCUAUGGGCAAGGAGAGUCAAAGAAGAAAAGCAAGGUCUUUUUGUAUCACUUCUCAGUGAUGAAAAAGGAAAACAAGAGAUAUUAUGCAGUAUACUCCGGACGGGUUGCGGAAGCUACGAUAUUCUCCUCUUGGGCAGAUGCACAUCCGCAUAUUACUGGCUAUGAUUCAACCUUCAAGGGCUUCGCAACUCUACCUGAAGCCCAGAAGUAUCUGGAGGCCAAGGGAAUAGACAAGCCUAGAUUGGUGAUUCGCGAAAGCUCUAAAGAGACACGUACUCGAUUCUCUCGAGGGAAAUUUUAUGCAGUGGCCCUUGGUCGAAAACCAGGUGUGUAUCUCUCCUGGGAGUACGUAUUCCAUGACCCUGAAAGAUCAAGUCAGGUCACUCACAAGCAUCAAAUCAGGGAUGCCGAAUCGCAAGUCAAUGGGUAUCCGCAUGCAUGUUACAAGCGCUUCACGACACAUGCUCAAGCACAAGACUUCAUUAGCAACUGGAAGGAAUCUGAUGCAGAUGUUCGUCGGAGAGAUGAGGUCACUGAACCAGCAAGCUGCCUCAGGCCGAUUGACUUGAAGUCAAGUUUCCAUGAUCUCCAGCCUCGCCAGAGAGAGGACCUCAGCGAAUGGAUCAUCACCGGAAUGAGGAACUUUCACAUUGCAGAAAGUAAGGAAGACAAGCUUUAG